CUCCGCUGCGCCGCACCGCGCCCGCGGGGAUCGCCGGGGCCGGCACCGCACCAUGCGGAGCCUCCCGCCGCUGCUGCCGCUGCUGUCGCUGCUGGUGCUGCUCGUGGCCGCGGGGCACGGCGCCGUCAUCACCGGGGCCUGCGACCGAGACCAGCAGUGCGGCGGCGGGAUGUGCUGCGCGGUCAGCCUGUGGAUCCGCAGCCUGCGGAUGUGCACGCCCAUGGGGAAUUUGGGAGAGGAGUGCCAUCCCUUGAGUCACCGAGUGAGUUCCCUUCUCGGGGCGGCGGAUGCACCACACCUGCCCGUGCCUGCCGGGCCUCACCUGCGGACGGACUUCCUCCAGCAAAUUCAAAUGUAUGCUGCACUUCAGAAAAGAGGAUGUCUUCUUUUAGCAGGAGCUGUUCCGGGCUAGAACGAGCCACUCGCUCUUCUCAUUUUCUCGUUAUUGUGAUGAGCAAGGUACUUGCCAUGGGGAAACCCUUCACCACACUUUCCUGCCUCACCAACUCCAACAGGAGAUGAGAUGCUGUGCUGUUGUGGCCAAGGUUUUCAGGAGGGACUCGCAGUGGCAGAUGCUUUUAUUUUGGGGUAGCAAAAUGAUGUCUGCUAAACCAAAACUUCUGUCUGAGAGUAGGGGCUUAACCAUUUCUGAACCAUUUCAUGGUCUUCAUGGUUCCAGCUUAAACCCAGAACGAAAACAUCCAAGUUUAUUGUCAGUUUUGGAAAAUUUUGGCCAGAUUUUUACAUCUUGGAAUACCUGAAUUGAACUGAGAGUUGAAUAAGUGCAUAGUGUGAAGCAUAUGAGGAUUGCCAAAAAACUGUAUUUACAUUGCAUUUUGUAUCUUUAUUAAUAUUAUUAAUAUUAUUAAUAUUAUUGUAUUUGUAAGUUAGGCGCAUCUCUAGGAAAGAGGUUUAACCAAUAGAUGUAGUUUUUACACUUUUUAAAAGUGACAGGUGGAACCAAAGCAUUCCAAUAUUCAAAGCAUCAAAAGAUUUUGUUAUUUUAGUAUUCUAAGAUGAGAAGUUGUUGUUACUUGAAUUGGUGUAAGACUACCCAAUCAUCUCAAACUGUGUAUUAAGAUGUAGUUUAUAUUAAAAGAAAAGGAACCCCGAAGUUUAUUGUAAUGGGCUGCCUGACUUCUUGUACAUGUAUCAAAUUUGCUGUGUAAAAAUUCUGUAUCAGAAUAAUGGCAGUAUAUUAUUUGAUUUAUUUUAAUAUUAUAACAUUAUUUUGUCA